AUGAGCAGCAAUACGGGAGACAAUUUUGGUGGCUGGCUGGUGCGCGUUAGGAGUGGUGGCGCGGAUACCCUUUCUUGUGGCGGUUCAUACUAUGCCCCCAUAUUGGUGAUAUCGUCGGCCAAUUGCAUUCACCCAUUUCGAUACCAGCUGGACGACGCCAGCGUAGUGACCACCGCCAACGCGGAAGAUGAGGAUUACAACUUCUCCCUUGUGGACACUGUGUACAGUCCAAAUGAGUUCGUAGAAUACAGAACCAACAUGGACAUUGCGUUGGUAAGGCUGACCACCCCCUUGAAAGGCACAAUGACCGAGUUCAUUAAAUUGACCAACACUUGGGCAACCAACGACAUGGUUUUUAGUACAUUUGGAUGGGGCUUCGACAGCCUGGACGUGCAGCCAGCCACAGAUGAGCCAAGAAUGAUAUGUUCGACUGCAUAUACGAUGGCGGCUCUCCGUUAG